CUGAUAUCUCUGGUAUCGAUUCUCAGAAUUCUGUCAUUCCCUUGAACGAAAAAGAUGGACAAGAUGUUUAUCUUGACAGUCCAUCAUCCGAAUCAUGUGUUGCUUCGCCCGGCUUUGAAUAUAGUAAGGAGGGGAAAGUUCCCUAUAAACAAAAGGUAGAAAAAGGUUUAGUAUGUGAAUUACUUGAAUUCAUUAGAAGCCAUAAAUCCUUACCGAAUUCUACUGCAUCUAGUAAACAAAUUCUAGUCAAUUCUGAUCUAGCUCCAGGUUCUAUACCUCAUUUAGCUCACUUAAUUGAUAAGGCCGAAAAAACUG